AUAUGCGCAUGUCGCAGGACUACGCACCCUGCCCGUGCACUCAUGCGCGUCACCAGAGUCUAGCACAGGCUGGUAGCUUAACAGCAUAACUGUGCUUGUCUGCAUUUACUUCGCCCUCUGAGCAUUUGGAUCAUCCAUUUCCACUUAGUUCAAAGUGCUGAAAGCAAAGUGUGACAAAAAGAGCUCUUGCACAACCAGUCGUCUGUUGACAAAAAGAUAAGCACACGAGUACUGAAUGUCAUGCCGAAAAGGACAGGGUGCAGAACUGCAUGAAGGCAAUGUGACAAACAUCUGAUGCCUUUUAAUUUACCAUAAAAUUACAAUUUGGUUGACUAAAACUGCUGUGCUAGUUUGGAUUUCAUUCAUCAGUGCACAUGAGUGUGUCCAGGCUGCAGCAACUCAAGGGUCAUAUUUUUCCUGAAAAUAAGAUCACAGCAAUGGCAGCCCCUAGUCCUCUGAGCACCCAUGUGCUGAACACAGCUAUGGGUGUCCCUGGCUCGAACAUGGCCCUCAGUCUCUAUCGACAAGACCCCACCACUAAUACCUGGAGUUUGCUGACCUCUCGGACCACUAAUGCUGAUGGACGCUGCCCUGGACUCAUUACAAAAGAAAUGUUUAUUGCUGGCGUGUAUAGAUUGCAUUUUGAGACGGCUCUGUACUGGGAGAGUAUGGGAGAGACCUGUUUUUACCCGUAUGUUGAGAUUGUCUUCACCAUAAUUGACCCAGGCCAAAAGUACCAUGUCCCUCUGCUGCUGAGUCGUUUCUCCUAUAGUACGUACAGAGGGAGCUAGAGAUAAACUGUGAUCAACCUCCUGAGGCUUCCUCUACCUAUCAGCUGUCUAAAGGAUCACGCAGAGGCCACUCCACCAAAAACAAUCAUCCCAGCACCAGCUGAACUGUCACAGCUAUUGACAAGACACUGCUCCAUUUGAAUGAUCUUAAUGAUAUCAGCAUAACUAAACUAAAGAACCAUAGUACUCAGGAAUCAUGAGUACUAUGGUUACAGUGAUCAUGAGUCAUGAUCACUGUAAUUAUUAGGGUACCGAUUUAACACCUAUUUUAAAAUGUUAUUGUAACAUAGGCCUAUCACAUUUUAUUAAAACAAUAAAAAAGA